GCGGUGUGUCCCCUGCAGCCCAUUUUACCGGCCGUCUUCUCUCCCUGGGCGCCGGCAUCUUCAGUGUGGGCACCUGGCUGUGAGAGCUUGUGGCUUCACAGCCGGGUACCCACUGCGCAUGCGCGAGUAGCGCUGCGCUUUCUAAAUGGUCCUGUAGUUUUCUGGGACCUGUCACGUGUCCCAAAAGACUACGGGGAGGGAGGAAGGGAGGACACCUUCCACUUCUGAUCGCCUAGGCCAGGGUGGGAGUGGGUACCUGUCAAAUUCGGGUACCUGCUCCCCCCCAAAGGUGCCUAUUCUUAAUGGGGAGCGGGGAACCAGUCUUUAAAGCGGAACUUCCCCUUUUGGGUGGAGCUCCACUUUAAGUAAAA